CGGAAUCUCUCCUCGACCCCUGCUCGCCAUGGCCACUGUCGUCCGCCCGCUCCAGCCUGGGAUCUACGCGCCCAUUCCGACCUUCUUCGCGCCGGAAACGGAGGACAUCGACCUCCAGUCGUUCUCAGCGCAUGUCAUCCGCCUCGCGAAGGCGGGCGUCAAGCCCCUGCUGUCGGGCAGCAUGGGAGAAGCGCACCACCUGUCGCACGCGGAGCGCGCGACGCUGAUCAAGACCGCCCGCCACGCCCUGGACGAGGCCGGGUUCACGAGCGUCCCGAUCAUCGCUGGGACGGGCGCGGGCAGCACGCGCGAGACGGUCGAGCUGUCGGUCGAGGCGGCGGCGGCGGGCGCGGACUACACGAUCGUCAUCUGCAGCGGGUACUUUGCCGGCGCAUUGGCGGGGAAUCGCAAGGCGCUCAAGGCGUUCUGGACGGAAGUGGCGGAGAAGAGCCCUAUACCCGUAAUUAUCUAUAAUUAUCCUGGUGCGGCCGGGGGCAUCGACCUCGACUCUGACCUCAUCACUGAACUCGCGACUGAGUCGCCGAACAUUGCCGGUGUGAAGCUCACGUGCGGCAACGUCGGGAAGCUCACGCGCAUAACCGCGACUGUAUCGGAGCCUUCGUUCGCUACGUCGCACCCCCGAAAGAACCCCAAUGCGCCGUUCCUCGUCCUGGGCGGCUUCACAGAUUUCAUCCUCCCCUCCGCGUUCGUUGAAGGACACGGUGCAAUCACAGGGCUCGCAAACGUGUCGCCGUACGCCAUCGCCAAGCUCUUCGAGCUCUCGGAGAAGUCGAAGGGGGACCCCUCUCUGCUUCCCGAGGCGCAGCGCUUGCAGGGCAUCAUCGCUCGGGCGGAUUACACCAUCGCGAAGACUUCGAUUUCUGGGACGAAGUUCCUGCUGGAGAAGCUGUACGGGUACGGAGGAAACCCUCGCCGGCCGCUGCCCCCCGUCGAUCCAAGCGUCGCCGCGGCGCUGUGGGAGCACCCACACACGGUAGAGCUGGUUCGCGUCGAGCGGGAGUUGAGUGGUAAGCUGUAGUAAAGUAGCCGUAGAUGCGACUUGGUCGAGACCAUAUGCUGUAUUAUAUCUUGUGUAAGUGCACACGUCCUAGACUCUGUCACGAACGUGCUCGGCACC